GACCCUUCAAGAGCCUUGGAACCUUCCAGAAAGAAAAUUUCCACCAUUGAAGCCCAGAGGGUAAUGUCAGUUUUUGAGGAAACAAUAAGAAGAGUUGAAAUUAUAACUUUACUUCCACACAUCAUCGAAAAUUUAGAUCGAUUCCGAAUUUCUCUAGGAUCAGAUUUAGCAGAUCUGCUGCAACAUCAUCAAGUUAUUCAAGAAAGUUAUAAUGAGAUACGAGCAGAACUUGACAAACAUUUAGCCAAACGUACACCAACACAGAGUGCAAAAUCCAAUGUAUCAAGAAAAACAGAUGCACAGUUGGAAGAAAUCAUUAGAAAUUUAUCCCUUGUGGCUCAACAACUGAGUUUCUCGUGUAAAAAUAUCCUACGAGCUUUUCAAAUAAAUCCGUCUGCCUGUAAUUCUGUACUGGGUGAAUUCCGAGUACGAAAUGAAAACUGUAAUGAGAUGGUCGUCUCUAUGCAGGAAUUACGAGAUAUUUUAAUGGGCAAGUUAUUAACAACGCCAGAAGAAGAGAAAGAAAGAAUGGCGUAUUUAACAGAGAUAUCACAGCGUGAACGUUAUAAUGCUGGUAUCAUUCAGAAAUUAGAAGCUGAAUAUAAAGCUGGAAUGGAAGAUAAAGAGGAAGAGAUAAGAAAAAAGAAUGAAGUUAUUAGAAGAUUACAAGCAGAUUUACAUCAAAUUGAGAAAUUUUCAGAAGAACAUAUCCGCCGAGUUAAAGCUGAGGCAGAGAAACAGGAAACAUCAGAUGUUAAAAAUAGCGAAGGAAAACGGCAGAAAUUACAACAAGACAUUAACCAUCUUCGUACUCAGUUUCAGAGUAUGACAGCAGAACAUCGGGAAAAUGAACAGGAAUUAAGAAGGAGGAAGUUUAAAGUUGAAACUGAGGUAGAAAAUUGGAUCCAGAAAUUCGAUCAGGAUAUGGGAGAGAGACAGGAUGAAUACGAGGAGAUAGAUGAAAUUUACACGGAAGAAAAGAAACAACUUCACGAACUCGAAGAGAGAUUUAAAACUCUUGAGGCCGAAUACAAACAGAUACAAGAAGAAAGACGAUUGGCUCGUGAAAGACGCGAGAAGGCAGAACAGGAGAUGGCACGUAUGGUUCGAGCUUCGACAACCAUUCAAGCUUUCUGGAGAUCAUUCAAAGUCAGAAAAGCUCUUAAAUCUAAGAAGAAAAAAGGUGGUAAGAAGGGCAAGAAGAAG